AUGGAGCCUGGACACACUCUCUAUGCGCUCAAGGUGGUAGCGUGUGAGGCUUCUGUAAUUGGCGACCUGAAGGGGGCGCGGUACUUUAGAGAGGUCGCGACGAACCGGGACAUCCUGUCCAAGUACGUCGUCCGCUACUUCACGUGGUGGUGUGAGGAGCCGCAGUUCUUGCCGCAGCACACACAGUCCAGCUUGCCCAAGCCCAUUCAGUCAUCUUCAGCUGGGAACUCGCCGAGCCUAAGCACGAACGACAAGCCUGCAGCGAAGGACGAAGCUUCUCCCGAAGCGCAGGCUAUAUAUAACGACAGCGAUAUGUUCGCUUCUCGGCGGCAGUUAGAUAGCGUGAACGAGGCCUCGUCGCCGAGGACGGUAGGCGACUUGGUCGAGGUGGCAGAGCAGGGCUUCCACGGACAAGAUAGCAGCAGCAGUUCUGACGGCGUCUUCUUCGAAGGGGCCUCGCGGACAUCGUGCGACUCAGACGACAUAUCCUUCAAAAUGAAUCUCCUUGACGACGCCCCCAAUGACGAAUGCCGGGACGAGGCAUCGCGCAAUGAACGACAGACCUGCCAGAUCUGUCUCAUAAUUCAAAUGGAGUGGUGUCCCGGCCCGACUCUAAGGCACUGGCUAGCCAAGUAUACCCGCCUUCCCCCCCUCGCCCGCCUUCCCUUCCUGUUCCCCCC